AUGGGCGCCCCAGUGCCCGUUGGGCUCCUGUCCGCGGCGCCCAGCGCGAUAGCCGCGGAGCCGGCGCCCUCGGAGGUGGUCGGCGUGGACCUCGGGGACCGAUCGUACCCGAUAUACAUCGGCGCCGGCCUGCUGGACAGGGGCGACCUGAUUGCUCGCCACGUGCCCGGGAGGCGCGUGCUUGUGGUCACCAACACCACCGUGGCGCCGCUGUACCUGGACAGAUGUGUCAAGGCUCUGAGUGCUGAAGGCAACUUGCAAGUCGAUUCCGUUGUAUUGCCAGAUGGGGAAGAAUACAAGACCAUUGAGGUGGUUCAACAGAUUUGGGACAAGGCCAUGGAGUGCAGACUAAACAGGCAGUCCACGUUCGUUGCCCUUGGGGGUGGCGUCAUAGGUGACAUGACUGGGUUUGCGGCAGCAUCAUUCCUUCGAGGGGUGCAUUUCUUGCAGAUACCCACAACUGUCAUGGCGCAAGUGGACUCUUCCGUUGGCGGCAAGACUGGCGUUAACCACCCCCUGGGCAAGAACAUGAUCGGCGCUUUCUACCAACCCACAUGUGUGCUGAUCGACACAGAAACGCUGGACACUCUGCCGGACAGGGAGCUUGCCUCAGGCGUGUCGGAGAUAGUGAAGUACGGCCUUAUCAGGGAUGCCGCGCUCUUUCAUUGGCUGGAAGACAACAUGGAGAAGCUCAUGGCCAGAGACCAGCAGGCUUUGACGUAUGCCAUUCAGAGGUCAUGCAUCAAUAAGGCAGAGGUCGUAGCACAGGAUGAACUGGAGGGUGGGGUGAGAGCUACCCUGAACCUGGGUCACACAUUUGGCCAUGCGAUUGAGACGGGGCAGGGCUACGGGGUGUGGCUGCAUGGGGAAGCUGUGUCGUCUGGGAUGGUCAUGGCGGCCCAUAUGUCGCACAAACUGGGAUGGGUCGACGCAAGCCUCCCACAACGAGUCAGGGAACUGCUCCUUCGCGCCAACCUGCCGGUGGAUGCGCCGCCCAGCAUGACGCCCGAUCAGUUCAGAACGAUCAUGGCGGUCGACAAGAAGGUGCAGGAUGGGAAGCUGCGCCUGGUGCUGUUAAAAGGCAAGCUGGGCGGCUGCGUGGUGACGGGAGACUUCGAUGGGUCCAAAUUGACGGAGACGCUGGAUGAGUUCUGCCACAGAUAG